CCGGGUCCAGCCGGGACACAGUGAGCCAACAGAAGCGCUUGUGAUCACCCUGAGAGCACAUUCCAGCACAGGAAAAUGAGCCUCUCAGGCCGCUGUAAGCCUGCAUGACGGGCUGAGGACUCUUUGACUCAGGACUUUACUCCACUAUUUCUCUUUCAACAGCUCAGACAAACGGAAUCAAAAAGGAAAAUCGAAGAAUCUGAGUACUCGCUUUGAGUUUGAAAAGGAGGUCCCAAGAUUCAGAAUGGAGGAGGGAUAUGAGCUCGACCUCACAUAUAUCACAGAACGUAUCAUUGCUGUGUCCUUUCCCCGGGGUUGCUCAGAGGAGAUCUACACUCAUAACCUGAAGGACGUCACACGAAUGCUCAAGUCCAAACAUGCUGAUAAUUACCUGAUUAUUAACCUGUCAGAAAGAAGACAUGAGCUCUCUAAAAUGAACCCUAAGACCCUGGAUACAGGCUGGCCGGACCUCCAUGCUCCACCUUUGGAUAAAAUCUGCACCAUCUGUAAGGCCAUGGAGAGCUGGCUCAAUGCUGACCCUCUACAUGUGGUGGUUAUACACUGCAGGGGCGGCAAGGGUCGAAUUGGUGUUAUCAUUUCAUCAUUUGUGCAUUUUACUGACGUAUCAGCCAGUGCUGAUCAGGCGUUGGACCGCUUCGCCAUGAGGAAAUACUAUGAUGAUAAGGUCUCAGCUCUGAUGACACCCUCGCAGAAACGGUAUGUUUGGAUCCUCAACAGUCUUCUAAAUGGAUCUAUGAAGAUCAAUGCCUCCCCCUUGUUCCUGCACUGCGUCAUCAUUCAUGGGAUACCAAACUUCGAUACCACUGGAGUAUGUCGUCCAUACAUCAAGGUUUACCAGGGAAUGCAAGCUGUGUAUUCAUCUGGAAUCUAUCAUAUUGGUCCAGGCCACAGAGACCAUGUAUGCAUCACUCUGGAGCCUGCCCAGCUUCUAAAAGGGGACAUUAUGAUUAAAUGCUAUCACAAAAGUGACCUAACUUCAGAGCAUGAAGUUAUUUUCCGGCUGCAGUUCCACACGGGAGCAGUGCAGGGCUACAACCUGAUGUUUGAGAAAGAGGACAUGGAGACCGCCAACAAAGAUCCCAGAUUUCCAGAUUAUGGUAAAGUGGAGCUGCUUUUCUCCGAGGGACCAGAGAAGAUCCCAGGUGCCAACCGGUGGCAAAAUGGAGCAGAUGUUAUUGUGGACUACAACACAGCAGAUCCUCUAACCCGCUGGGACUCCUACCAGAACAUCUGUGAUGGUGAAGCACCACGCUCUCAAGGCCUAACCCAGGACAAAGUGGCAAACAAGAGGAGCCCCAGUGGAGGAGAGGCCACAGUGGGCCGUGGGGCCCGGACAACCACCUCCAGCCCUGACCACAGCAACCACGCUCUCUCUGUCAGCAGUGACUCGGGCCUGUCUAGCACUUCCCUGUGGGCAGAUAGACCAACACCUAUCCCCACCGCCACCACUACCACUGUCAAGGCUAACCAGGGCCCCAGCCAGCAGGAAAAGGUUCAGCUGAAGCGCCUCCUAAGUGGCUUUGGACUUGAGGAGCCCUCACUGGAGGAAAUGGAUGAUCAAGGUCCUAGGAUGGGCAUCCAACAGAUAGUUCCAGCUCAAGUGCACAUCAAUGGAGACCCCCGUCCCAGAGAGAGAGAAACAGACAUCCUGGAUGAUGAGGUCAUUACAGGCCAUGAUCUGCACAGUGUGGACAGUCUAGGAACUUUGUCGUCCUCCUGCCACAAGAGCAGUCAAAACUCCCUGCUGUCAGAUGGCUUUGGGAGUCCAGGAGUAGAGGACCAGCAGAGCCAAAGCCAGCACCACCUUCACCAUCCUGCUCCCCCUGCCAUGGAGGAGUAUGAGAGAGCCUAUUCUGAGGCUAGAGGUGGCUUUGUGACCUCCAGGAGCAACUCUGUGGCUUCCUCUAAUCCCAAUAGCGCUCCCAUGCCCAAGCAGCAUGUGUACAGACAGGGAAGCUAUUCCACACAGUCCUGGGUUCGCCAGCAGCAGAUGGUUGCUGCACAACACUUCAUCUACAUGCCGGAGGAUGGAAAUGACACAGAAAGGUACCCAGGGAACAAGCAGGGGAGCUGUUCAUCCAAAGCAGGCCUGCCCACUGAACCAAAGGGCUCAGUGGUGGACUCCCUGAGAAACUCGGCGCCCCACAAAGAACAGGCAACAAUAAACAAUAACAACAACAACAAACGGGAUGAGGAGUUCAAAUCUUUAACAAUGGACAUUGACAACUCCAUCGACCAGCUCAAUCAGCUGAUCAUGGACCUGGAUCCCACAUUUGUGCCAGCAUUGAACCACAGCAGCUCUAUUAAGAAGAACAGCAGCAUGCACGUAAAUGGCUCAGUUGGCAAAUGCUCGAACGGCAUCGGUCUCAGAUUCAACGAAAAUAAUGCAGCAACCCUGACAAACACACAGCAGACAGCUGUCCAGUCCAGUGAAGGACAGAUGGGUGUCACACGAAGUCUGAGUCACCAAGACAGCGAUGGCCCAAAUCACCCAGGCUUUUGUAGUUCAGGGUGGGUUGCGGCAGAAGAACUCAGAGGCCAGCAGACGUAUUCUCCCUGUGUGCCACAGUCCCAGCAUCCCAUGCUAUACAGAAGUGACAGCGCUGACUACAGGGCCCAGGACCCAGACAUGGACAGCAGAGUUGAAGCCAGGAGUGAGAUGACUCCUCCUACUCCUGCCUUCCCCAUCUCUCCACCUACACCUUAUGUGAAAAAUAUGCCGGAAUUGGUGCACAUUAGGCAAACACCAGCUCCUAGCAUGCAGUCUUAUGGAGGAUACAGAACAGACCAUGAACCCCGUGGAUAUUCAGAGAUGAUCGGUCAUGUUCAGGCUUUGCCAGACUCCUCCAUCAACUGCCACAGGAUGCUAAGUGCUACACACUCUGCCUCGAUUGUUGGGUCCCUUCAGCAUUCAGACAGCUCAUCCAUGAACCAGUCCUGGCCAGAGCAUCCUGUCCUGGGCCAUCACUCCUCUCUAGGUAGUUACACUUCUGCCAGGCAACCACCGCAGCACACUAUGUCACUGGACUAUGGCCACCACUCUCCUCCCCUUCACCAUGCCCAUAUCCACCCUGCUCCCAAUGCCCACAGCUCCCCCCAAAGCAGCCAGCGAAGUCGUAUGGCUCGCUAUGCUCCAAGCCACAUUGCCGCUCAAAGCUUUGACGAGCAAGAUGAUUCUGGUCUCAGUUACGGCACAGAUUGUCUGAACUCCACCUCUUCUUUGCUGGGAAAUGGAGGCAUGGACAGAGAGCUUUUGAACUCCAUGGAUGGGCAGAAUCAGUCCCAGAUUCAGGCUCCACUUCUUCCUGAGAAAAAGAGGGCAUCAGAUGGGGAGCAUUCGCUGGGAACAGCCUCUCCAGCCCUCAGUGGGUUCUCAAGUCCCCACAGUGGCAGCUCUCUGAGUAUUCCCUUCCCCAGUGCCUUGCCUGACCUGUCAGCUCAGAUCCCAGGCACGGCCUCGCCUUUGCCAGAUGUACUGGCCAGCAAGCAGGUUACUGUAAAAUUUGUGCAGGAUACGUCAAGAUUUUGGUACAAGCCUGAUAUCUCAAGGGAUCAAGCCAUAUCCAUCCUGAAGGAUAAGGAGCCUGGCUGUUUCAUUGUGAGGGACAGCCACUCCUUCAAAGGGGCCUAUGGAUUAGCAAUGAAGGUGGCUACACCACCACCCUCCGUUCUUCAGCAGACCAAGAAAGGAGGUGAUCUGUCCAAUGAAUUAGUGCGCCACUUUCUGAUUGAGUGUACACAGAAGGGAGUUCGUUUGAAGGGUUGCCCCAAUGAGCCCUAUUUUGGAAGCUUAACCGCGUUGGUCUGCCAACAUUCAAUCACUCCCUUGGCCUUGCCCUGUAAACUUAUUAUACCUGACAAAGAUCCUCUUGAAGAUGUUGUGGAGAACACCUCACAAUCAAUCACCAAUUCUGCUGCCGAGCUGCUAAGACAGGGUGCAGCCUGUAAUGUGUGGUACCUGGGCUCUGUGGAGAUGGAGUCCCUUACCGGCAUUCAGGCCAUUCAGAAAGCCACCAGUAUGACUCUGAGUGCCAACCCUCCGCCAACCUCCACUGUAGUCCAUUUCAAAGUUUCUUCCCAGGGAAUCACCCUCACUGAUAACCAGAGAAAGCUCUUCUUCAGGAGGCAUUACAAUGUCAGUACAGUUAUAUUUUGUGCUUUGGACCCUCAAGAUAGAAAGUGGAAAAAAGAUGGUGGCCUUUCAGCAAAGAUCUUCGGCUUUGUUGCCAGGAAAACCGGCACUUCCAUGGACAAUAUAUGUCACCUAUUUGCGGAGCAUGACCCUGAGCAACCAGCCAGUGCCAUUGUCAACUUUGUUUCCAAGGUGAUGAUUGGCUCGCAGAAGAGUAAGUAGAACAGAGCUGCUCACCUAAACAGUCUUUUACUAAGAGCAGAAACAAGACAUAUAGACUGAAAGGCUGAAUAAAGGACAAAAUGUAAGGAGUGAAGAUGGUGAUGACCUGGACAUUAACCCUGGAUAUUAACUGGAUAUCUCAUCAUCCCUUACUAGCACCAGGACAUUUUAAUUGCAUCUUUUGCUUAAAAAAUAUAAAUCCCCUUGUAUUUUAUUAUUUUUCUUUCCUGUAAAAUGAACUGUAAAUUAGCCAAAUUAAGAAAAUAUCAAAAUCAUAAGAAAUGUGUAUUUUUUUCUACUGUUUCAGAACAGUUCAUACAUUUAUACUGUAUAUAUUCAUUCUAAAAAUAGUUCAAGUACAUAUCACAAGGCUGCUUUUCUUAUUCAUGCAUUCAUGCAUUUUAAGGAUAAGUCAAAAACCCUACCUUGUUGCAUACAAUGUUUUUCCACAAAUAUUUAAUCAAAACAAGCUUCAUUCAAGCUAUUAACAUUCUAUAAAGUUGUAACCAGUGUAGAAGCACCUCUAUGCUGCAUCUGUCCAGAGGUACUAUAGACUUGUGGAGUUUAAAAUGUGCAUAAGAGGAGCAGAGGAUAUCGUUUGGACUCUGAGACUGACUACAUCAGAUACAGGAUUAUCUUAUUUUAUCUAUGCAAUGUACAUUUUUAUUAUUUUUAACCAUGGUCUUCGUACCUGUGUGGCAUAUAUGUGACUUCUCUGAAACUGAUUUCUUCUUAAGAUGUAUGAAUAUGACCACUUAAAAAACCAUCAGCAACAUUUUAAUGAAAGUGUGUGUGCAUGUGUGUGAAAUGACACAAACAAAAGAAGAAUAUUUUAAACACUAAUAUAUAUUGACUUGACAUGAGUUGAUUAGGAACAUAUUGGUACUUUUGUAAAGAAAUGGUCGCAUUCCCUUUACAGCUGCCAAAUUUGACUUUGUUUUGUCUUCUUUGUCAGGGUGCAUGCCCACUAACAGCACUGCAGUGUUUCAUUGUCAAAGUAAAUUACUAUUCAUUAUUUUGUAGAUUAAAUUUGAUUAAAAAAAACAUAGGCUGCUAUAGUGACACAACAAAUAUUGUCACUGCAUCCACGUUGUCCAUGUUCUGAGAGGAAAACUGGGACGAAAGAAAGUGCUCGGUGUUAGUAGUGCACAAAUAAAUUCAGUAUUUGACAUACUCUGUCAAUGAUAUAUAUAAUAUACUUGUUCUGGGAGAAAGAUAACGUUUAUUAUUACCCCAGUUGAGUGCUUGUUGAUAUUGUAUAUGAGAUAAUGACAAAAAAAAAAAUUCUUUUCAACUUUUUUGUGUGUGUAGGAAAUCCGAUAGAGAGACCUGUCACCACAAAAAAACCUCUGUGAUAUUCUUUCAUUUAUUAUAUAUACACAUUUGUUAUGAUUUUUCUGACUUAUCAUUACCUCAUACUUGUCUCAUCCAAUACUGUACCUCUGUUUAUACGUAUCAUACCAUUUACCAUCAAUAAACAAAAACAAACAUUUAUGUAAUCUCAGUGAUCUGUUAAAAAGAUUGACAUAUUUAAAACCACUGCCAGGCAACCAGCUGAAAGCUAUAAUCUCACAAAGAUGUGAAAAGGAUAGGUGGAAUGUGACACUGCUGCCCAGGGGAAAGUAAUGAUGAAACCCUGGUGGAAACAUACUGUAACUGUAAAGAAUGGAAUAGGUUCAGUUAAAUUUUCAACCAGCAGAGGACACUAACAUUACAAAGCCUUUGAGCCUGUACAUGAAUGGAGAGGCUUUGUGACCUGGCUUGUUUCCCCUGUUACAUUCACUUCCUUAGCUGUAGCAUAAAUGUGGAAUAGUAAAUACCAAAGUGGACCAUCACUACAUUUUUUCAAGAACACACACAUCUGUGUCUUUCUUUCUCAGUACACAUGCACAUAUUCAACACACACAUCCAUUGUCUCAUUUGUGAAGUACAGGAAAAGAAAAUUCUACUUCUAUACUUGUCUGGGCAGGUUGUUCUAAAGGUGCUCAGAGGGAAUAACAUUUCAGAGUCUAGACCAAGAGGGAGGGAAACUGUAAUGGGGUAGAACCCCACACCUACCCCUUCACUGGUGUCCUUCUGUGGGUGGUGAAAGGGAAGAAUUCCUGGGCAAGGCAGGAAGUAAGCAAAGGCCCAGUUAUGGUGAGUGCAGAGAGCCCAGAGCACAUCCUCUUCUGUUAAUGAGUGUGGAGUGGCCUCAAAAUAAAAGAAGCCAGGGCAAGUCCAGAGAAACCAGGCGACAUUAUUAGAGUACAAAGGAACUUCUCAGGAAUUCACACAAAUAAUAACAGUAUGUGUAAACAUGGAAAAAAAAUGUACAGUAGCCUGUUUCAACAAUGACCAGUUUUUCAAUACAUUUCACAAAUUCACACCAGUAUUUGUUAGCAGAUUAAAGCCAACCAAGUCUCAUUUCAUAGAUAAUGUGGAGGUGAGAGGUCCUACUCAUCAGGCUGACAGACACUAAAUUAAAGGGACAGGGCUCAUCUUUUUCACUCUGAGGCAAAACAAAGGUUUAGGAGCAAAAAUAGAGAGUGCAUUCUGGGACCACACUCUGAGGCCCCUGUUUGGUUUUCAGCUAAAGCUGAAACCUUAAAAUACGCUGUGAGAUAAACUGGGCUUCCACGUCGGGCCACGUAAUAGAUAAUAGGAAUUAGAAGAGAAGUGGCCUCUGCCCUUCAGGUCAGGCAAGAAUAAAAACUGGGGUAGACCAUGGUUCACACCCAUUCUAAAAUAACUGGAAAAAAUAUAAAGCUAAUGUGACUUGCAUAUUCUAGAAUGUAAACUAGAUUAAGUAUCUAGAGUAGAGUGAACCAGUCAGAGACAGCUCUAGAUUUAUACAGACUGCCUUGUCUCUCCAUUUCAGCACAAGAAACACAUUUUUGAAACCCCAGACCAUCACCACUAAAACAUUAAAACAAAUGGAGAAAUGUAAAGCCUGCAUCUGCAAGUAAUAUUUCCUUUCCUGCCAACUGUAAUUUUGACUUGAUGAGUAAUGGUGUGUCAAUGAGUGUUGGCAGUUGCAUUUUUAUUUAAAUGAUUUGACACCACUGUUGUGGACCAAAGGUAUUCAAAGAGAAAAUGAGGAAGGAAGUGUGUCUGUCUGAGGGGAUUUGGAGCCCACAGGGUACAGCUUGACUGAGCCCACUCCUCAGGCUGAGCGCUGAGAGCUUCUCUCUCUCUCUCCACCUUCCACUUUGCUCAGGCCCAAUUACAGCCGCGGACUGCCUUGGAAACUAAGCCUCCAGAAAUGCAGACCAUGACAGCUCUGUGGACAGACCACUCCAAAAUAAUAAUGAAUCAACCAUGGAAACAGAUGAAAGGUGACCUCAGCAUUUUUGGCUCGUUUUCAGAUAAUUGACAAAUGGAUGCCAGUCAGAUCCAAAUAAAAGGGGCGAAAUGAUUAUAUUAAUCAUAAUGGAGACCUUUGUGUCCAGUUCAUCUGGGAUGACAGUCUGCUUCAAAAGCUCUCAGACAGGGGCACUUAUACAAGAGACAAUCAUAAGACUGUGGGGGAAAAAAGAAUAACAGUGAUCAUACCAGACUUGUCAUGUGAUCUGUGGUAGUCUCAUUCCUGAACAUUCCCACCCCACCUCUUUUACUCCAGCACACCUCAGUACAGUGUGUAGCUACACACAUAGACACCCACACUUCUCCUAGGUUAACCCAAACAUGUUCUGCAGACCUCCAGCUGAUUAAACUAUGUGCUUUUCAAUUUGUGAGCUUUGGCUCUUGUUGCAGAUUCCUGGGCUUUUCCCUGUCACUACAGUAACACCAUCCACUGAACCCAGACAAAAUCACACCACCAGAGCCAGACGUGGGGAAGCUGCCAGAAGUCACAUUGUUUCAUAUUAUCAUAAUACAUUCCAGUUUUAAUGAAAUGAAGGUUAACUAAUGUAUUGGAAUGCUUAUGAAAAGAAUGCUAACAGAUUUAUCAUUUAUAAGAUCAAUAUAUUGUUUUCACCCUAGUAAACUAUUCAUUUCCAUCAUUUCACUUUGAAGUAUAAAUAUCAUAUGUAAACUAGACAAAUGCAUUUCCUGAAUAAAAAGUGUGUGGAUGCUGAUUGCUGAAGAAUUGCCCAAACUAAAGUUGGGAAUAGAACUUCAUUAUCUGAAGAAGGUGAGAGCUUGAGAGCAUUCCUAAAACAGUGGAAGCUAUCCACCUACUGGAUAGACACACAUUUAGAACUUUUAUUGGUUUCUGCUUUUGGUUAAUGAGAUUGCAAAGGGAUCUAAAUCACACUUACACGAUCUAUCAUGCCUUGACAGAGAAUUGAAAUCCGACCUGCCGUACCAGGAGGUACCAGGAGGUACCAGGAGGUACCAGGAGGUACGGCAGGAUGUGGAUGCUGCUUACUCUGCAUCCACACAAUGACAUGUUGCUGUUGCUUUUUAAAAUGAUCUUUUCUACAGUGUAAAGAGCUUUUUAUAGUUAAACGCCCAAACUAUCUGUGCAGUUAUACAGUAUGUUCCAGUGGAAGUGAGG